AUGAGCCCCACAUCGCCGCGGCAGCCCGGCGCCGGCGGGGCGCGGCACGCCGCCGCGUUCAAGGUCCACAGGGACUCCCACAGCAUACACAAGCAGGCCAACUCGCCGCCCUCCUCGUCCUCCACCAACUCCUCCGUAUCGUCGUCCGUCGCCAUCACCAGCAGCAGCCACCGGCCGGCCCCGGCGCCGCCGCCGAGGCAGAGGCAGCAGCCGCAGCCGGUUAUCAUCUACACGCAGUCGCCCAAGGUCAUCCGCACCAACCCGCGCGACUUCAUGUCCAUCGUGCAGAAGCUCACCGGCCUCGACAGCCCCGGCCUCGCCCGCGGCGCGCCCCCGGCGGCGCGCGCCAACGCGGGCCCGGCCUCCGCCGCCGCCGCCGCUCAGGACGAGUCGUCCUCCUCCUCGUCCGAGAGCUGUGCCAACGCCCACGCCGCGGGGCCGCCGCCGCCUCCCUACGCGGACUCGCAGCUGAUGCCGCCGCCGGCCCCGCCUCUGGACGCGCACUUCAUGGCGCCCGACAUCCCGCUGUUCGCGCCCGACGCGCCAGACCUGCACCAGCUCUACGCGCCGAGGGGGCUCUACGCCGGCCAGUUCCCGCCGGUCGACGCCGCGGCGCUCGGCCCGGUGAUGAGCGUGAACAGCGCCGCCGGCAACGGUGGGGCCGUCUUCUCCCCGUCCAUGGUGGAGGCGAUGCGGACGUUUCCGGACUAUAAUUAGGCAGGCUCUCGAUCUCGCUAGUCAAUCAGGCGAUGAUGCAGCGAUGCUUGCAUGAGCCGUUGCCAUGCCAUGUGCAAUAACCGGAGGUUGAUCUUUUGCUUGAUCUUUAUCUCGUCGUCAUGGUUGAUAAUUAUACUUGGGCGUGAACCUGUAGAGAAACCAAGAGAGGAGGAGGAGGAUGAAUCAUGAUGGCGCAUGCGCUGAGAUAUACAUCUCCCUUGUGCAUU